CCAUAGAAAGGCAAGCAAGGAAGCGCACGUGUGGCAGCAACAACUAAGAUGACUACCAGCUGAAAAGUAGCUAUCCGUGGAUUGUCGCUUCACUGGCGUAAGCUGAUUAGCUUCACUGCAGACAUGGAGGGUGCUGGUGGGGAGGCUAGCCUAGAUGUACAGGGGGCGGCGGCGGCAGCAGCACCGAGCCUCUUUGGACACAAACCAAAUUCUGCUAAGCCGGUUUCAGCUUUGCUAGAGGAAGCAGCCCAGCUGAAAACAGAAGGAAAUGCUUUCUACAAGGAUAAGAACAUUCGCUCAGCCAUUGGUCGUUAUCACCGCGCUCUUCUGCUCCUGCGAAGCAUUGACUCAGAUGUGACGACAUCAGUGAAAGGGUUUGGGCCUGAGACACCUGUGCUCACACCUGAACAGGAGGCUUUAUUGAGAAAUACUCAAGUGGACUGCUACAACAACCUUGCUGCCUGUUUGCUGCAGAGAAAGACUGUUGAUUAUACUCGUGUGCAGGAGUACAGUCUGCGAGUGCUAAAGUGGCGACCAGGCAAUGCCAAAGCGCUGUACAGGGCCGGGGUAGCCACUCUGGAGAUGGGAGAUGCAGAGACAGCCAAAGAGUACCUCAUCCAGGCCUCUAAAGAGCAGCCUAAUGAUGCCAAUGUGAGGAAGUACCUGCAGAGGGCUGAGGAGAAACUCAGUCGGGACUUACAAAAAGAGAAAGCCAUGUAUCGAGGCAUGUUUUCCUCCAACCAGAAUGAUCGCUCCGAGGGUGGGAUUAACCAAACCAGAAGAGCUGGCGACGGCGUUUAGCCCACAAGCUGAAUGUGCCAAAUAAAACCUCAGCCUGAGAGACUGCUCCAACCUCAGACCACACCACAAAGGGGUUAAAGAAUGUUUACAUGUCUUGAACGACUCUUGCUGUGUCUCCAUGGGAGAGGAUUGACGUAAGCAUAACAGACAUUAUACAGACUUGAGGAAAGCAGUCAGUUGGAAAGCAAAGAUGUCACUGCUGAAAAUAGAAAAGACAGAAAAGUUGGUUUCCUAGCAACACAGUCUAAUAUAGUUCACAAAAUGCUUCUGAAAGCUAAAGAGGCUCUUCAUGCACUACUCAAUUGCCUCUGUGAUUGCAGUUGUUUGGUCAGUGAUAUGAAUGUUAAUUUUGUGACUUUUCAAUAAAAAUAUUUGUUAAAAAAA